CGGCGCGGCCGGGCUCUGCCCGCGGCGCUGCCCCCCGCGGUGCUGGGCGGGCGGGCGGUCUCCGCUGCGACUCGCGCCUUCUCCUCCUCCUUCUCCUCCUCCUUUUCCAGCACCGCCGCCUCCUCUUCCUCCUCCUCCUCCCGGCCGCUGCGGCGCGGGGGCUGCGGGCGGAGCGGCGGCGCCAUGAGCGGGGCGGCGGCGGCCAAGAGCGAGAAGCUGGACGAGGCUCAGGCGCUGGCCCGCAGCUGCGCGGGCAGACCUGACUUCCAGCCCUGCGACGGGCUCUCGCUCUGCGCCACCCACAGCCACGGCCGCUGCUUCCGCCUGCACUGGUGCUGCCACCUGGGAUGGUGCCACUGUAAAUAUGUCUACCAGCCCAUGACGCCCGUGGAGCAGCUGCCCAGCACGGCGAUCCCGGCUCGGCCCCGGGAGCCCCCCAGCAGCAUCCAGAUCUCGGUGUCGCUCACUCAGCACUUCCUCAAGUUCGCGUCCGUCCUGCAGCCGCCGCUGCCGCCUGCCUCGCCGCGGCUCUGCGCCAUCGCCGACCUCUUCCUCGACAGCUACCGCGUUAAGUGCAUCAACGGCAAGAUGUGCUACGUCCAGAGGCAGGCCCCGGCGCCGCCGCACAGGAGCGGGCCCCAGGAGGUGCCCGCCGGCAAUGCCCUCAGCACAGAGGAGAGCAGCACGCCAAAACCGGAGCACUGCUCGUCCCCCUCCAGCUCCGAGGACUCCGGCAUCAACGCCGUGGGGGUUCACUACAUGGAGUCGUGUGACGAGGACACGGAGGGGGUGGCCGAGCUCAGUUCAGAGGAGGAUUACAGCCCGGAUAGCAGCUGGGAACCGGACGAGUGCCCGCUCCUGUCGCCCUCGCAGUGUGAAAUGGAAGUGAUCGAGACGAUAGAAACCACUGUGUGACCCCCCAGGCUGGCAGCAGCUCAGGCCAGCUCCCACUCAGUGACGUUGCUUUUGUAGUAUCUCUCUAUUGUUUUUCCCCACAAUCUCUUUUUUUUCCAGUGCACCUGAGAGUUCGGAUUCCCAGAGUGCAGCCAUGGGACUUGUGUGUUGGUGACCUAGCAGCAGCCUGAGCCAGUGGAACACGUCCUCAGCCCGAUCAAAGUCGUCUAUACCUGAGGGGAUGAUCAGACUCAAGCACCCUACAGCUGAGACAGGCCCUUUCCUUGGCCCGGGCUCCACCAGACACUGCUCACCGGAGGAUGUGCACUCGAGAUGGCUCCAUCUGUCAGGAUGUUCAAAGCACAGGGGGUGAGCUGGUGCAGGACACCUACCAGCAGCAGAGCAAAGCUGCCCCUGUUCUGUCUCAAACAGCUCUGCGAGGUGCAGCCACAAGAGGCUCCUCCACCUCUGGCCUUGCUCCUUGUCCAUCCUUUUCUCUAGUGCUGGUGCACCUCUUCUCAGAGGCUGCUGGUGCCACUCUCCAGUGGGGCAGCAGGGCAGGCUAGAGAAAGCACAAAGUGCCUCCAACUCUUCUCCAGGCUAUGCACCAAGCACCCACUGAGGUCCAUCAGGCUCUGCAAUCUCCCUGGCAGGCAACUGCUGCUCAGCUGCCUGUCUCCAGCUGCUCCCUUCUCUCUCCAUGGCUCUUGGGAAGAUCUGGCUUUGGCAGUGUGGGAGUGGGCAGAGCUGACCUGCAGCUGCCCGAGCAACGUAGUGCAGGCUGGAGGAUGCCAGGUGAAGGCAGUGGCUACCUCCAAACACACAACCCCACCUGCUGCUCCCCCUUGUGCCAUGCUGCUGCACUCAGGACCCGACGGCCUCAAGGCCUGCAUUUGCCUGAAGACUGACAAAGUUUAAACACAAAACAUUUAUCAGCCACACCACUGUGUCAGCAGAGCUUGGGGACAGCAUAGAGGUGCUCAUGGGAUCAAUACUUGUUACAGUACAGCCUGAGAUCAUGCUGCUGGAAAGCAGAAGCUCAACUCCUGCUCUCUGCACUCAGUUCAAGAGCAGAUUCGUAGAUUCAUGGGACAGGGUGGAAGGGACCUCUAAGAUCAUCCAGUUCCAAACCCCUGCCAUGGCCACAGACACCUCGCCCUAGCCCAGGUUGCUCGAGGCCUCAUUCAGUCUGGCCUUGAACACCUCCAAGGAGGGGGCAUCCACAGCCUCCCUGGGCAACCCGUGCCAGACUUGCACCACUCUCACCAUAAGCGACCCUCAAGCAGCUGGCACGUGCGAGCGGCUGGUUUGGUUUCAGCACUGCAUGACAAAACCGAGGUGGUCCUCAGACUUCAGGCAGCUGGGAGCAGCUGGAGUCAGCUGUGGCUGUGCUGUGGCCGGAACUGACUGCCUUAGGGUUUGCUUUUUGCAUGCAGCUGUGGUUGUCAACUCCCAGGCUGCAGCCAUUGUGCAGUUGAGUGUGCUGGAGGCUCAUCCCUGCUGCAGGGUGGCUCCAGGGGCUCAUCCCUCAGCGUGCCCUGACCGCGUAGUACUGGUUCUGUCUGCCUUGCACCCAGUAUUGUCAGCAGCGUUAAGCAGCAGUGCGUGUGGUGGGCACACGCAGGCAUGGGGCUCCCCAUACGUGGUGACAAAGCAGCUCUCUACUUCCUAGACACAGACUUGCAGACCCUGGGUGCAUGGCUAUGAUGGCUCAGAUGCAGUGCAGUGCUUGCCACAGGAGGACCCUGGGCUGCUGCAGGACCAGCUGCGUUCUCCUGACAAGGCACCUGGAAGGACUCUGCUGAGGGCGUUUAAAUGAAGGCUGUAGUAAAACUAAAUAGGUUUUCUUUCUCUUUAGGGCAGGGUUUGUCUUUUGUGGUUAGCUAUGGUUUUCUAACAACCCUUUAGUGUCUCUGGCCCCUUCAGAGGCAUUCCAUAGGUAGAUGGAAGCAUUAUGUAUAAACUGCAGCAUUUAUCCAUAUUUAACCUUCCACUGUAACCCAAGUGGGGAGCUGACAGAACUCACUCCUGUCCCUGCCUGAGCUUCCUUCCCAGAGGUUGGACUCUCCUUGAGAGGACUGGGCUGAACUGGCCAGAUGCAUCCUCCCAAGGGUGGCAGCAGAACCUCUCCUGAGGACACGGUGCUCCCUGCCAGCUCUCACUGCAGGUGCCAAGCACAGGAAGGGGCUUCAGGACCCUCUGAGCUCACCUUGUUUGCAGGCAAGCAGGAGCCGGGGCGCCGUCUGCAAGCAGUGGAAGCCAGCUGGGUACUUCCUGACCAAGCCUUCCCCCAAGGCGUUCUGCUCUUGCAGGUUCCCCUCACUGGCGUCAGGUCCCUUUCCUAACCCUAAGUAAUUAGCAAUAUUCACAGGCUGUGAGUGUCUCCUACCCAGGAUUUGUUCAGAUGUCUUAAGCACAAUAAGCUGCCUCUCCCCUCUGUUGCCCCAGUCAGAUGUCAGCGGAACAGCAGUGUGGGCCAGGGCCGAUUCUGAGCAGUGUUUCAGCAGGCAGCACAGGGGCAGGUUUCUCGCUGUGCCACACCACACCCCCAGCUCAGAAACGGGCCCCGCACACAACCCUGGUUCCUUUGCACAGGCACCGGCGCAGUUGUGCUGCAGAUGUGCCGUGGGGUCCCUGCCCCAGGCAGGCAGAGGGAGGCUGUGUACAUGUCCUCGGGAAUAAAAUGCUGAACAACUCA